AUGAAAAAGGGCGGGAAAGAGAUUGCUUUAGAAACUAAUGAUUUUGAUUUUGGAUUGAGUACACAAGAUAUGAACAAACUGUCCCAAGAUACAUUUGUUGAUGGUUUUGAUCCUUCUCAAGUGAAAGUUGAAAAACUUGAAAAACAAAGUAAAUCACGAGCCAAGAAGACGUCCACACCACAGUUACGUGAUGAGCUAAUACGUCGAGCCGGAGAAGGAUCACCGGAUGCCCCAUUGGUGUAUAUCCGUGAAUCUGAUUGGGAAAAAACCGCUACGGAUUGGACCAGCGAUUUUAGAUCAUGA